CUUCAUUUUUUUUUCUUCUCCCACCAAAAAACACUUUCUCUCUCCUAAACAACAAUGGCAGCCUCAGCCUCAUCAUCCUUCACUCUCUCUCAUCAAACCAUCCUCUCCCACCCCAAAACCACCCCCGCCACCUCGAUUGUUGUUCCGGUAAACUCCAAAGUCAACGGGGCGCUAUUACUAAAGUCAAGACGGCGGCGCGUGGGGGGAGUGGGGCGCGUGGAGUCACGCGCCAUCGUGGUGAGGGCUGCGGCUGUGGAGGCGUUGGAGACGACGGAGAAGGAUCAGGUGGUUGAGAAGUCUGUGAAUACUAUAAGGUUUUUGGCUAUUGAUGCGGUAGAGAAGGCGAAUUCGGGGCACCCGGGUUUGCCCAUGGGUUGUGCACCCAUGGGUCAUAUAUUGUAUGAUGAGGUUAUGCGCUAUAAUCCCAAAAACCCGUAUUGGUUUAACCGUGACCGUUUUGUUUUAUCUGCGGGUCAUGGGUGUAUGCUUCAGUAUGCUCUUCUUCACCUUGCUGGUUAUGACAGUGUCACGGAAGAGGAUUUGAAGACUUUCCGCCAAUGGGGAAGCAGAAUUCCUGGUCACCCAGAGAAUUUUGAGACACCUGGAGUUGAAGUUACAACUGGGCCACUUGGUCAGGGUAUUGCCAAUGGAGUUGGUUUGGCCCUCGCAGAGAAGCAUUUGGCUGCUCGAUUCAACAAGCCUGAUGCUGAAAUCAUUGAUCAUUACACAUAUGUCAUUCUUGGUGAUGGUUGCCAAAUGGAAGGAAUUGCGCAGGAAGCUUGCUCCCUUGCUGGUCACUGGGGGCUUGGGAAAUUGAUUGCAUUCUAUGAUGAUAACCACAUUUCUAUUGAUGGUGAUACUGCCAUAGCCUUUACUGAGAGCGUUGAUCAGCGUUUUGAGGCCCUUGGCUGGCAUGUUAUCUGGGUCAAGAAUGGUAACACAGGGUAUGAUGAAAUUCGUGCUGCUGUCAAGGAAGCUCAGUCAGUCACUGACAAACCCACUCUGAUCAAGGUUACCACCACCAUCGGUUUUGGGUCUCCUAACAAGUCAAACUCAUACAGUGUACACGGAAGUGCAUUGGGUGCUAAGGAAGUUGAGGCUACGAGGCAAAACCUGGGCUGGCCGUAUGAGCCAUUCCACGUUCCAGAGGAAGUUAAGAAGCACUGGAGCCGCCAUACUCCUGAGGGUGCCUCCUUGGAAGCUGAGUGGAAUUCUAAGUUCGCAGAGUACGAGAAGAAGUACCCUGCUGAAGCAGCGGAGUUGAAGUCUAUCAUUACUGGUGAAUUGCCAGCUGGCUGGGAGAAAGCACUUCCUACUUAUACACCUGAGACCCCAGGUGAUGCAACCAGAAACUUAUCACAACAGUGCUUGAACGCCCUUGCAAAGGUUCUUCCAGGACUCCUUGGUGGUAGUGCAGAUCUUGCAUCUUCUAACAUGACCUUACUGAAGAUGUUUGGAGACUUCCAAAAGGACACACCUGAAGAAAGGAAUGUUCGGUUUGGUGUUAGAGAGCACGGAAUGGGAGCCAUUUGCAACGGCAUUGCUCUUCACAGCCCAGGAUUCAUCCCUUACUGUGCUACCUUCUUUGUAUUCACUGACUACAUGAGAGGAGCAAUGAGAAUCUCAGCCUUGUCAGAAGCUGGAGUCAUCUAUGUUAUGACCCAUGAUUCUAUUGGGCUCGGAGAAGAUGGACCCACUCAUCAACCCAUUGAGCACUUGGCAAGUUUCCGUGCAAUGCCCAACAUUCUAAUGCUCCGCCCAGCUGACGGAAACGAGACUGCUGGUGCAUACAAAGUUGCUGUUGAAAACAGAAAGACACCAUCUAUUCUUGCUCUUUCUAGACAAAAACUUCCCAACCUUCCUGGAACUUCCAUUGAAGGAGUUGAGAAAGGAGGGUACACUAUCACAGACAACUCUUCAGGUAACAAGCCUGAUGUUAUUCUGAUUGGAACUGGUUCGGAACUGGAAAUUGCUGCUAAAGCUGGUGAUGAGCUAAGAAAAGAAGGAAAAUCUGUUAGAGUUGUAUCAUUUGUAUCUUGGGAGUUGUUUGAUCAGCAAUCCGAUGAAUACAAGGAGAGCGUCCUUCCUGCUGCAGUUACAGCAAGAGUAAGCAUUGAAGCUGGAUCAACUUUCGGAUGGCAGAAGAUUGUGGGGUCGAAGGGGAAGGCCAUCGGUAUUGACAAGUUUGGACAGAGUGCACCAGCUGGAAAAAUUUACAAGGAGUAUGGUAUCACAGCUGAGGCAGUUAUUGAAGCUGCGAAAUCAGUUUGUUAAGUCACUCAUGGCUCCUGUUUCCAUUUUUGUUAACUCAAGUAGACAAGGCUCCUGGUGAAUCUAGUGAGUACUGUACCAACUUUUAGUCCCAUUUGUCAAGAUAAAACUUAAUUCUAAGGCCUUCUUAUAGUAUAAAUGUUUGUUGAUUUGUAUUAAAGAAAAUUUCAUCCAAUUCGUAAUAUGGACCAACUCAAUUCUGUACAAGGAUAAAUAAUGACAGUGAAGCGGAUAUGUGAUUAUGUGAAUUAAGCAGUUUUUCCACCCCUUCAUUUUA